ACCUUUCCUGGAGGACCCUACUCUGCCUCAGUUCCUGAGAUGUGUGACGUUGGUAAGACAGGAACAUUUUAGAGGCAGAUUUACUUUUUCUGUGUACAUGUGACCACUGCAAACCCUGUGAGAAGCUGCCCCAAAGAUACGUGCAUCACUAUUAAUUUAAAAUAAAAAAAGGAAAGUAUAUAAGGGAAUAAUUAAAUUUAUUCGACUGUUGCUGUGUAAUGUUUUUAAAACGGUUCUAGGAUGAUUCCACAUCCUUAACUUGGUUGGAACCAUCUUCUACUGAACUAGGACACUCUUGUAAAACAGACUUUUAUUCUCAGUGAGGUUUCCCUUGUUAGAUACACUUCUGAAUGAUAUGAAACUCAGUUUAAAUGGUCAGUGCAAAUCACACAUCAUCAAUUUGUGUUUUUCUUUACGCCUUUGCAGGAACAUCAGCUUUCCACAUAACGGCCUCUGAUGCAGAUGACCCAAGCUACGGUAACAGUGCCAAAAUACUUUACAGCAUCCUGGAAGGAGAGCCCUAUUUUUCUGUCGACGCCAAGACAGGUGUCAUCCGUACAGCCGUGUCUAACUUGGAUCGUGAGACCAGGGAUCAUUAUGCCGUAGUGAUCCAGGCCAAAGACAUGGCUGGCUCUGUGGGAGGACUGUCUGGAUCCACUACUGUUAACAUCAAUAUUACUGAUGUCAAUGACAAUCCUCCCAAGUUCACACAGAAGAGUUACCAGCUGUAUGUACCUGAGCUUGCUGCAGUUGGGAAAACAGUGGGUCGAAUCAGAGCCAGUGAUGAAGACGAAGGCCAGAAUGCAGAAAUGACCUACAGCAUAACGAAUGCAGAUGCAGCAGCCAUCUUUGCCAUAACCACAGAUGACGAUGGCAGGGAGGGGAUCAUUUCUCUAAAGCAGCCUUUGAACUACGAGAAAAAGAAAGUACACACACUCAACAUUGAAGGCUACAACACUCACAUAGACUCACGUUUCUUCCACCUCGGACCGUUUAAAGAUUUUACAUCGCUACGUGUCAUUGUUGGAGAUGUGGACGAGCCUCCUGUCUUUUCUAUGGAUUACUACAUAAUGGAUGUGUAUGAGAACUCACCUGUUGGUACCCAGGUCGGCACUGUCACAGCUAUGGAUCCAGAUAGCACCAACAGCCCUUUAAGGUACUUCUUGAACAAUGAAGACAGACCCCUGUAUUUUACAAUUGGAGUAAACAGCGGCAUUGUCAGAACGACUAAGGUCCUCGACCGAGAGGAAAAGUCGUGGCAUAACAUCACAGUGACGGCUGCAGAAGUCGAUAAUCCACAUAUGGUGAGCCAUGUCAUUGUCACGAUUCAGGUUCUGGAUGUCAACGACAACAUUCCCUUCAUCUAUGGAGGCAACAGUGCUGUUACAGUGUGUUCAAGCACCAAAAAUGGACAGGUAGUUCAGACCAUCCGAGCGGCAGACCUGGACAACUUUGCAAACGGGAAGUUCUCCUUUUAUGUGCCUACUGAGAACCAGUUCAAUUCAAGUUUUAUGGUGAAGGACAACGGAGACAGUACUGCCAGUAUCAUAUCCCGUCGCCCUGAGGGCUUUGGCCAGUAUCGAGACCAGUUCUUUAAUUUGGUGAUGGUGGUGGCAGAUGGUGGCGAGCCCUCGCUGAGCAGCACCACCACACUCUUCUUGAGAGUUUGUGAUUGUCAGAAGAACCCCCGGGGUCGCAGCAGCAACACCUGUCAGAGCCAGGCCUUCUUGUCCUCUGCUGGCCUCAGCACUGGGGCCUUUGUGGCCAUAAUGUUGUGCAUUCUCAUUCUAUUAGCCAUAGUACUUUUGUUCACACUACUACGAAAUAAAAAAACACAAAAAGAGACAUUGAUUCUGUCAGAAGAGGACAUCAGAGAAAAUGUGGUCACAUAUGACGAUGAGGGAGGUGGCGAAGCAGACACGGAGGCCUUUGACAUUGCUGCCCUCCGAAAUCCUAAAGCAUCGCAGCCUCGUUGGCAGCAUCACACCUACCUCGACCAUGGAGCAAACGUACAUGAGGAGGAAGAGGAGGGGGUGGAGGUGGAACUCAAUGAUGAGGGGUUUGUGGUGAUGAGAAGAAGAAAAAAACCCGACCAUGUGGAAUAUGGAAACUACAGCCCAGAGUCAGAGCCAGCCUGGUUUAUCAUCAACUGCACUCCACAAGAGAUUAGCCAAUCAGCACCUUCUCAUCUGCUGGAGGAUCUUGAUGUAAUCCAGCAGAUUCUCCAGCACAAGGUGUCUGAGGUGGACUCUGACACACGAGGCCCGCCUUAUGACUCACUUCAGACAUAUGCCUAUGAAGGCCUUGGGUCCUUGGCAGGGUCAAUCAGUUCCUUAGGCCUGAAUUCAGCAGUGCCAGAAUUUAACUGUGCUGAUUUAGAUGACUGGAUGCCAGACAUUCAGUUAUUGGACGAAACAGCUGCAGAUUAG